AUGGCGGAUAACGACCUUCUGGAGAUUUGCAACUAUCUUAUCGAGAUUGUGAAGGACGCCGGUAACAUCAUUGUUACUACCCGGCCGACCUCGCUCACACUCACAACCAAGAAGAACACCGCAGAUAUUGUGACGCAGACGGACCAAGCUGUAGAGGACUUUAUACGUGUACGUCUAACUAAGCGGUAUCCGACAUUCGCAUUCAUUGGCGAGGAGACAUACAAGACCGGAGUCGCCAUCACCGACCAGCCAACGUUUAUAGUUGACCCUGUGGAUGGAACAUCCAAUUUUGUCCACGCAUUCCCGGAAGUGUGUGUCUCAAUUGGUUUUGUCAUUGAGAAGAAACCAACAAUCGGCGUGGUCUACAACCCCUUUCGAGAAGAACUCUGGAGCGCCGUUAAACGCUAUGGUGCCUUUACCCAACGAUCCGGAGGGGAUAUGCAGAAGCUUCCGCUCGUUUCAGCUCCUCUACGUGGUUUAGGGCCUGCCUGUAUUGGCAUUGAAUGGGGCAGCGACAGAGAUGGUCCUAACUUCGAACUCAACUUGAAGGUCUUCACGGCGCUAGCUCGGACUACCGCAACCGGCGGGCGAUUUGUAAAUUCGCUUCGGUGCACUGGAUCGGCGGCUAUCACCAUAUGCAGGAUUGCAGCUGGGCAGCAGGAUGCGUUUUGGGAAUGUGGCUGCUGGGCAUGGGACGUGGCUGCAGCUUGGUGCAUUUUGGUUGAAGCUGGAGGAAUCAUGGUUGACGGCCAUCCUGGCGAAUGGAACCCUCCCCUCGAUAACCGCCGAUACCUCGCGGUGAGACCUGCGGCAGAAGGACAGCAAGAGUUUGUGGAGGAUUUUUGGUCAGUAAUUGGGGAUCAAAGGUCGACUUACGGGCCUCCAAAUUGA